AUGUCUACGCCUAAUACCAAAAGUAAUGGAGAACAACAAACAGGUGUAAAUCGUUCUACCUACGCUCAUCUAUUAGCAGGAGGCCUUGCUGGCACAUUCGGUGCAGUUCUAACAUGCCCAUUAGAAGUAAUCAAAACACGAUAUCAAUCAUCACAAAAUUCAUUUUCCAGAGAAAAGACUCGGGUUGAUCUACAUUCACCUCACAGUAAUACAGUCGCUUAUCAGUGUCAACAAGAAAGAAUACGUCCAACUAUAAUUGGUUCACUUCGACACAUUAUCAAAUAUGAAGGGAUGCCAGGACUAUUCAAAGGUCUUGUGCCGAAUCUAGUCGGAGUAGCACCAUCAAGGGCGAUUUAUUUUUUUGCUUAUGCAAAUACCAAAUCAUUACUAGUUGAAAAAAUGGAGCGCGAGACACCAUUAGUACAUAUAACUUCAGCAGCAACAGCAGGCAUCGCCAUGUCCACAUGUACCAAUCCGCUGUGGUUUAUUAAAACACGUCUACAAAUUGACCAAGGAAAUCUUCGCACGAUUGAUCUCAUACGUAAUGUUUACCGUGAACACGGCCUGUUGGGCUUCUAUAAAGGUAUAUCUGCGUCGUAUGUUGGUGUGUCAGAAACCAUCGUCCAUUUUGUUCUUUACGAACAAAUUAAAGCACAAUUACAAUUGCUUCAAACACGUCAAAACUCUUCAUCAGAUGAAUCCAAUUGGUAUAAUUUUCUUUCUUAUUUAACUGCUGCGGCAUGUUCAAAAUCAUGUGCAACAACUUUAUGUUAUCCUCAUGAAGUUGUUCGAACGCGUCUGCGAGAAGAAGGUACCAAGUACCGGACAUUUCUACAAACAUUGAAAACAGUCUACUAUGAAGAAAGUAUCGCCGGCUUGUAUCGAGGUUUACUGACCCAUCUAAUUCGACAAAUUCCAAAUACAGCGAUCAUGAUGAGUACCUACGAACUUGUCAUUGCAUUUCUAACUUCGGAUUCUGCAUCACCACCAUCAUCAUCAAGUGAAGUGACAACGUUGCAGCCGAAAAAAGUCAUUCUAUAUCGUGUUGAUGCCGAAAUUAAUGCAACGAACGAAGCGGAAUUGUGA